AUGUGGACUUGCCCAAAGCCCCACCUGGCUGAGCAAGUCUUCAUGGACAUCAUGCAUGGAGUGCACGGCUUGCUGAAAUCCACCGUUCAGGUCGCAGCCGAGACCGAGCAUCCCCUUCGCCGAAAAGCCCUUGGAGCUCGACUCCGGAGGAGGGCCUGGUCGGCCCUACCACUCUUGGCACUUCAGAUGUCUUCAACUCACAACAAAGCUGCCUGCAUCCCCGUCUUUGCCUUGACCUGGACCGGCGUUGCUUCCAGGUUGCCAGCAGCGCGCGGGCUUAUGCAUAACUCCCCUCAGAAAGCGCCGCGGCCUUUCGGCGUGGAUUUGGCCACAGCGCCGCCUGUCUUCAUCAUCAGCAUGAUUUCGAGUGCAUAA